GUAGAUCUACACUGUCAAUCGAGACAUUCUUUGAAUGGUGAUGUCGCUGAAAUCAUCAGAGUUCAUUUACCCCUAGCGCCCGGGUGGCUAUGGUCGAAAUUCAUUAGCGCAACUCCUUCCCCAAGCCUAUUCCUUACUGCGGGUAACUUUGAGGGAUGGCGUUAGCAAAAAUGGAACAAGAAGAGAAUUCUUGAGAUCUAGAUUAGCCAGCCGUGUUUCGGCCAGCGAUGAACAAAAAUGGCUCUCCCUGGAGUGAACUGCAGGCGAGGUAGAAAGGCCGAUGGAUAUGACGUUUGCUGGAUGCUGGAACGGCUUGUGUGUGGCCUGGCACUCACCGCGAUGCUCUUCGCUUGGCAGCCUGCUUCGUGGCAAGCGGAAGCUCAGCUUUGCCAGAGUGACAGUGAGCAGAAAGUAGCCAAUAGGUGGACUAGUGGUUGCUCCCGACCAGACAUGCUUGUUCGCGGUAUCCACGACGACGAUGACAACUUCACUGAUAUUGACACGGUGAAAUGCUGCCAGGCACCGGUGUACACUGUGCCGGUUACUCAGACUGUGACGCUGCAGCCUGGUGGUUCCUGGUUGCCGGCGGAUGCGUGGACGUCACAGUGUCCCCAAGACUAUGCCGUAUCAGCUUUCAUCAACUCCCACUGUCAGACCUGCUCGUUCCUGGACAUCGUGUGCACCAAGGUAGCCAGCGGAGGCAGUGACAGGAGGGCAAUCAACACCAGUGCAUGCCAGACAGUGCGCACGGUACACGGUGGUACGAGAACAGGCAGCCUGGUCUGGAACACGGAGUGUCCGGUGGCCAGUGUGGUUACUGCCGUCUGGACGGAUCGCAUACACUGGAAGUAUAACCGACCUCUUCGCUACAUCAAGUGCUGCCCGUUAGAUGAUCCAUGCCUUGCAUAUGGUCUCAACUGCAGUCGUGGAUUCGGUAUCUGCCAGACCAUACACACACCUGUUGCCUCGUCAGUGCCUGGUCAGACUCCACCACCACAGCAAUACCACUGCACAUGUCCUGCAGGGAUUACAGGACAAGAAUGCACGCGGGACAUUGACGAAUGCGCCGCCACUAGCAACAGCAGCGGUGGCGGGAGCGUUUCCACGACAACCGGCGUGUGCGGCGCUGGUCCGGGUGUGAGGUGUCGGAACGCAAUUGGCUCCUACUGGUGCGCCUGCGCGGAUGGUUUCCGCCCCAAUAUCACCAUGGCAACCGCGUUGUCGUGCGUGGAUAUUGACGAAUGCUCUAUGGGCACGCACGGCUGCAUUGCCACGUCGGGACCGUGUCAAAAUACGGCGGGGAGUUACGCGUGCCGCUGUCGUCGGGGCUACACACGCGAUUCCAGCGGCCAAUGUCGCGAUGCGGAUGAAUGCGCUGAGAUUGGAACACUGUGCAUGCCCGGCGGAGUGUGCUCUAAUGUCGCCGGUAGCUUCCACUGCACGUGCCGAAGUGGAUUCGAGCUAGCUGCCGGCGGUACCCUGUGUACAGACCGGGAUGAAUGCUCACCGCACACUCUAGCGUUGGUUUGCAAUGGCGGCACGUGCAUCAACACCGUCGGGUCGUUUGAUUGCGUGUGUCCGCCCGAUUUCGCACUCCGGAACGGUACGUGCACGGCCCGCAGCACCUGCAGGUCGGGGUCGAACGACCCGUGCUGGCCCGGCGGUCGGUGCCUGGUGAAUGGAACCGGUCAUCGGUGUGUAUGCGCAGCUGGUUACCAUGACGCUGGAGGGACAUGCGUAGAGACUGACCCGUGCGCCGCCGAUGCGGAUGUGUGCAGCAGCCAUGGUGUAUGCACAUCGGCCUCCUAUUAUUGUAACUGCCAUAGCGGAUAUAGCUUCACAAACGGUACGUGCGCCGCAAAUCAGCAGAAGGUUUCAUGCGGUGCCAACGCAACCGUCUAUAGUAAUCCAUCUUUACGCGCGCCAUUCUGCCAGUGCGAUCCCGGUUUUUCGCUCUCAAACGGGACCUGUGUGCGCAUGAAUCCAUGCGACCGAAUCGCGGAUGGCACCUUCACAGUCUGUGGUCCAAACGGGCAGUGUUUGGUUACUGCAACUGGGCACAUGUGUGUUUGCGAGCAGGGGUAUGUCUUCCAGAACGGCACCUGUCGGGACCGUGAUGAGUGUGUGACAACGGUAGCGUUCUGUGGUGUUGCGCAUACCGCACGGUGCAUCAACACACCUGGAUCGGCCGUUUGCAUAUGCCUGCGUGGCUUCCAGUGGAGCGCGCACGAUCGCCAGUGCGUCGAUUUGAACGAAUGCCAUGACAACGAGACGGCGACACAGUGUGGCGGUGUGGAUGGCAACUGUGUCAACACCGACGGAAGCUACCGGUGCGUCUGUCUGGUCGGUUACCAUGGAGAUUCUGCGGAUGGCAGUUGCCUUGACGACAAUGAGUGCAACGAUUCACCAUGUGGCUCUGAUCAGAAUUGCGAGAACACCCUGGGUAGCUACCGUUGCUCCUGUCCCAAAGGCUAUGUGCUGGUGAACAGUAGCUGUGUGGACCCUGGAAAGUGUACGGUCAGCAGCUGUGGUCCAAACACUUCCUGCACUUCACAGCUCGGCUACGCCGGGGUGCGAUGUUCGUGCCAGAACGGACACACAUGGCAGAACGGCAGUUGUGUCCUGCAACCUCGGGUGACCUGCGGCAGUUUGGGUGCCAGUGCUGCGUGCGGAAAUGGCUCGCUCUGCCUCGAACGGCCAGACAAGCGCAUCCAGUGCGUGUGCCAACCAGGAUAUGACUGGCUCAAUGGAUCGUGUUUACGGCGCGAAAUUCCAUUGUUGACAUGCUUGCAGGUAUCGUGCGGACCCAAUGCAACCUGCCAGCAAUCCGGUGCGGGGGAGAUGCCGUACUGUACGUGUCGCCGUGGAUACCACUGGAGUAAUGGGUCGGCACAGGCAGGGUCGUCUUGUGUGAGUGUGUGCGAUGGCAUGAGGUGCCCGGCAAACGCGUCGUGUACUCUUGACGCGCACACUGGUGCCGCUCUGUGCAGAUGUGACGUGGGUUACUGGCAGUCCGGUGAUGGCACAUGCACACACGUGCUGAGCACUAUAACUAAGCUGCGACGCACACUGAACACAUCGUGUAAUACGCUGCUCAACGACUCGUACUCACGCUGCGAUAGACGACUCUCGGCGCAGAAGUGCAACCUCACAGCCCUGUGCGAACAGGAACUUUGCGGUCCGUUCGCAGCCUGCAACCUGGACGCGGAGCAGAAGUCAAUGCGGUGCCGCUGUCAUGACGGAUAUCACAUGAUCAAUGACACGUGCACAGACGUGAAUGAAUGUACCGGUGAUAUGCUGCCGUGUGGGUCCGGUCUUGUCGGCAUGUGUGUUAACGUGCCCGGAUCAUACCGCUGUCUGUGCUAUGCCGGGUAUAAAGCUAUGGACGCAGCGCUGACCGAAUGCGUGGAUACAGACGAAUGCCAGGAGAACGCUACACGCUGCGGACCAGGUGGACACUGCGUCAACGAGCCGGGUAGCUAUGGGUGCGAGUGCUCGGCGGGGUUUUCCCGGAUACGUGCCGAGAUUGGAGAGCGGUGCGAAAACAUCAACGAGUGUGAAUCUGACGUAGGUUCACUGCUGUGUGGAGACGGUGGUGGUACAUGCGUAGACCUGCCUGGGCGGUACGCCUGUAAUUGCACUACUGGGUUUGAACUGCAUUACGUCAUGGACAGUGAGCUGGCACUCACCGCAUCUCCUACAUCCUCCAUUGCUCCGAACAUUACCUGCCGUGAUAUUGACGAGUGUCUGCUGUACAAGGACGUGUGCCGUCCGAAUGGAGUAUGCCGCAACGUGCCCGGGAGUUUCGUAUGCGAUUGCCUGCGGGGAUACCAGCCCAGUACCGCUGAUACUUACACCGCUCACACCAAUCUCACUACUGCUGCAAGCAGUGGUAGGGUGUAUGAUCCGCUGUGCUCGGAUGUGAACGAGUGUGAGCAAAAUACAUCACUGUGCAGGCCACACGGCGAGUGUGUGAACACCCCCGGUGCGUACUCCUGUCGGUGCUCGAAAGGCUACACUGUGCGUGCUCAGGCAAUGCUCAACAGUGCGGGUUCCGUUGUCACUUGCACUGAUCUAGACGAAUGUGUUGGCAGUGGCAGCAGCAACCCAUGCGGGCCAGGUGCUUGCGUCAACAUGGCGGGGAGUUUUCAUUGCCGGUGUCCCCGUGGUUACGCGGCGGCUGCGAACGGCACCGAAUGCCGCGACACGGACGAAUGUGACAGGGCCCUGCUUGCGGAGCGGCCCUGCACACCCGGAGGUUCAUGCAUCAAUACGGAUGGGUCUUACCGCUGUCUCUGCUUGCCCGGGUUUGAGCUCCGUACGGCUACGGUGGCAAGUUCUCCAAAAAGAUCCAGCCAGUUCUCGCUUCACACCAACCAAUCAAACAUUACUCCCCAGCCCACAAACAGCACAGUGCAGCACGAUGCACAUAACACAACCAGGAAGGUAGCUUAUGACUACCUGAACACAAGCAGGUGUUUGGAUAUUGACGAGUGCUCCGCAGGCCUGCAUCACUGCAUUGCCACGGCACCCUGUCAUAACUAUGCCGGCGGAUACCUGUGCCUGUGUUCGGACGGCUCCAUACAGAGGGUGCUUGAUGACGACGGCGGUGUCGAUGCUCGUCGUGACCAUGGUGAUCCAGAGCAAGUUGGUGACCACGGCGACGCGGGUCAGAGUCAAUGUGGACGACUGGCAAGCACCGGACCAGAGUCCAGCAUAAGUAAUCAGCAGUCACAUGGCACGAGUACAAUUGUGCUUGCCUGCAUCCUUGCCAUCUUCAUCAUCAUAGCUCUGCUGGCAAUAGCCGUUCGCUGCCAGAAUCGACGGCUUGCAAAACGAUCGCUUAGCCCCGGAAUGGCGGCCGCCUUCUCCAAUGGGCGCACGCGUCUCAUCUCGUCCACAUCGAGUCGCUUGAACAAUGCCACGUUCGACAACGCGGCCGAGUGGCAGGGAGAUCUCAAUGAUGGUAUAUGUGCGAGCGGUGGCCAGUUGGAGUUGGGUGCCGGCGAGGCUUCCAACAACGGAUCCGAGUUGUUUGCUCAGUACUCGAUCGCCCAUGAUGGCAAGCGAGGGCAACCACCUCCACAGCCCCAGCUAUCCGCCGUCAACCCCGGGUUUGGCCUGACAGGUGCCGUUGGCGAUGGCGGAGAGCUGGAACUGGAUGAUUAUCUAGUGGGUCUACCCGACGUGUCGGUGGAUGACGACGAGACGAGCAAUGACGUCACUCCUGCCGCAGCUGUUGAUCACCGUACGGCCCAGCCUCACGGGUCCAUUGCAAACGCCCUGUACGGCUUGCACGUUGACCUGUCUCCAGUGUGCAGCGUAGCUGACAGCUCAUCAUUGCCUCCCAGCACAGCACCACCAACCAUCAUUCAGGCUGAAUACUGCAGUUCAGCGGCAAGUGCUAAGACAGAGAAAGAUGUCGAUGAACCAGCCGGUAUCAUCCACGCACAGACCUCAGCCAGUGUGUUUCCUGUAGACCGCAAUCGACUAGAAUGCUAUGUGCAGGCUUCAGAGACUGGCGAGGAUGAGGAGGGUUUCAACAACAAUGAUGACGACGAUAAUGCCAUCACGCAUAUCUAGUAUGUUUGUGGAUGUCCUCGCAACAUCCGGAUCCGCUAUAAUAUUACCAUCAUCUGCUUUGAACUCACAUGGAGCCGGCGUAUUGGCUCAUGCGCUCCCGCAACAUUGCACGCCUGCCCAUCGGUCUUAGACACACACACUGACAUAUUUACUUACACUUGCCCAUCGCUGAAGUGAUGAUAGCGAACAAGCCAUGUUAGACAUACUGGUAGCAACACACGCACGCUCGCUCGCACGCACGUACACACACAUGCACACACACUCGCACGCUCACAUGCACGCACGCAAGCACUCAUACACACACGCACGCACGCACACAUACACACACACACACACACACUCUCUCUCUCUCUCUCUCUUUCUCUCUGUAUCUUCCUUUGUGAUUUGGGCCUGAAUGCCAUUGUAUUUUCAGAAGUUGAGCUUGACAAACAGAUCUAUUUCCAUUCUACUAGUACACAUCCGAAUUAUCCACUAGUGACAACUACUGUACGUUGCGAGAGUGACAAUAGUACAUACGAGCAAGUUUUCAUAUGAAUCUUUUUGGUUUGCAUUUGAAAAUCUUUUACACAUGCAUUUCCUGAUUUCUUCUCCAGCGUUGUAUAGUACAAUAAAACCUGGUUUAAGCGACCA